CACUCACACAGUCACUCAGACGCGCGCACUCGGCUCGCAAUACCCGGGGAGUUUUACGCAAAAUAAAAAACCGAUUGCGUCUCAGUCGCACCCAGCGGCUCUCACGCACGCGGUGCUUCUCGACUCGCGACUCGGGCAAGGAAGGCGGUUGAGCUCGGAGGGACGAGGGGGAGAGAGACACGCGCACACAGAGGGGAAGACGUAGAUCCGACGGGAAGCCGAUUCCGAUAUCAAUCAGACAAACCCGACUAUUUGAAACUGUCGCGGGUUUUUUUUUUUAUUUAAAGCGAGAAGAGAGGGGGGAAAAAAUCCACGCGCACAAAUUGGCCAGACCAGCCACGUUUCGCUUGUAGGGUCUCCUGCAGAGACAACAUUAUCGAUAUUAUUAAUUACAUAACAUCCUCAAGGGAGAUUAUUUUUGUUGUUGGUGGUGGGUGUUUUUUUUUUUUUGACUCCAAGGAUCUCUCUCCAGACCUUUUAUUCUUUAUUGCCGCAACUUUGUCGUUGCCUCCUCGAGAGCGCGAGCGGGGAGGGGAGCCGACGAUGCCGCGACCGACGACGAGAAAACCCGCGCUCGCCUUCGUGGCGACGUCGGCGAUGCUGUCGCUGCUGCUGUUGCUGUGCGCCGGAGGAGCGCGCGCAGGCGAUCCCAGGAGCACCGCUGCGGACAGGACCUCUCAUCACCCCUUGGGCCACGACAUGGCCUCGGCGCACAUGUUCAAGCUCUACGACAAGUACAUGAAGGGAGGGAGCCGCUUCCUCGAGCAGAACACCAUCCGCAGCUUCAAACCCGCAGUCGAGUUUCGAGACAAGGGCAUGAUCUUCACGUUCAACCUCACGUCCAUCCCCAACUCGGAGAAGAUCUUGGCCGCGUCGUUCCACUUCACCGCUGACGAGCUGAGCCCAGGCCGAGGUUCCUGGUGCGCCCACAAUCGCCGCUCGCCCUGCCUGGGUCCAAGGUCCGCCGAUCUCCUUCAGUUCGCCCUCUGGGGUUCUUCUUCAAGUCCCGGCCUUCCUCGUGGCUUCUCCUCAUCCCCCACCACUUCGUCAUCCUCCUCCUCCUCGUCAUCUUCCUCGUCCUCCUCCUCGUGGUCCUCCUCCCACGCGGGCUCCAAGGGCUGGCAGGUACGGGACGUGACCUCCCUGGUGAAGAACGCGAGGACGCGUGGAGACGCGCUCCUGUACGGGGAGGCGCGCCUCGCUCGCCGCCGAGACAUGCACAACGUGCUCUUCAACAUCAACAACAUCAACAACAACAACAUCAACAACAAAAACAGCAGCAGCGGCGGCGGCGGUGGCAACGGCCUCCCGUGGGAGAACUCGCCCUACCUGCUCGUCUACGCAAACGACUCCGAGAUCCUGGAGCCCAACAGCGUGGUGACGACGCUCCAGCGCUACGGGCGCUUCCCGUUGCACGAGGAGCGCGACCCGGCCGCGAACCGAGCGCACAACGCCACGGCCGCCGCGCAGGGACGCCGGCAGCGCAGAGCCGCGCUGCCCCCGUCCCUACUCGACAACGAGCUUCCCGACGACGAUGACCACCACCGCGACGUGGUCGUCAGCCCGGGCCUCGCGGGGGAGGAGGACAACAACGCGAGCGAGGCGGCGUCGUGGAGCGAGCGGCCACGCGGCACGGCCGCGGAGGGCUCCGAGGGCGGCAUCGGCUCGACCGUGACGAAGACGUCGUCCCGACGCAAGGCUGCGGCGUCGAGGAGACGCGAGGGGGAGAGGCGCAGGGGCAAGGCCACGUUCAGGAAGGCGGCUGUGGUGGUGGGCAAGGGGCGCGGAGGAGCGAGAGCUCAGCAGCAUCAUCAGCAGCAGCAUAAUCAGCAGCAGCAGGCGGCGUCCCGAAUGCUGAGCUUUGACGAGCAGACGCUCCGGCAGGCGCGGCGGAGGCAGAUGAAGGAGCCGCACACGUGCGCCCGGCGCGCCCUCCGCGUGGACUUCGCGGACAUCGGGUGGAGCGAAUGGAUUAUCUCGCCCAAGGCGUUCGACGCGCACUACUGCGCGGGCGUGUGUCGCUUCCCCAUGUCCAAGGCCGUACGCCCGUCCAACCACGCCACGCUGCAGAGCAUCGUCCGCGCCGUGGGCAUCGUGCGGAACGUGCCGGAGCCGUGCUGCGUGCCCGAAAGCAUGUCCUCGCUCAGCCUCCUCUUCCUCGACCAGAACUACAACGUGGUGCUCAAGCUCUACCCUAACAUGGUGGCGGAGACGUGCGCGUGCAGAUAAACACGGGAGGGCACGCGCGCUCCUGCAGCACAGAGACUGAGAGAAGAACCCCCACCCGUCACACCUCCCCCCUCCCCACCACCACCACCUUUUGCAUUCACAGAGACUGUAACACACACCCAGGGCAGAUGAUGAAUUGAUUCGUGGGAGCAGUGUUAGCCAUCACCGGCGCCCCGAGCCUGGAUUGGCCGUUGCGACACGCGCAUCGUACUCAAAGGUGCAAACGCUGCUCUUUGUCAAUUCCAUCAGCAGGCGCGGUACAGCGCAAGGGAUUGACCCCAGCCCUCCACUCAUUUUCUUUAGCCCAGUGGACAGGCUGGGAUCACAACAAACUGUAGCCAUUACAGGCCCGAUUUGGCCAGCUACCAUGCCAUGCUGUUGCCUAUAGUCUCGGAGUGUUUUGUUAAGUGAUCGCAAAGCUAAAAUACAUCAUGUAGCUACAUAUAUAUUCGACAGAAAAGUAAUCUAGACCCGCGCUGGUCCAUCACUGCAACGUGAUGUCAGCCAAUAUUGGCCCCAAUUUACAUUUCCUGAAUUGCUAUCGCAUAGGGGUGAACGGUAAUGUUUGGUCUGUUAAGUGCAGCUCACCCCAGGUCUGCCACGGUGCCGAGAUGUUAACUGCCUCGCCUGGUAUACAGGAGCUCGUGGGUUCGAUCUCGACCCUGACGCCUGCUGUAUAUUUGGGGUUUGCAUGUUCUCCCCCGUGGUCGCGUGGAGUUUUCUCUGCAUCCACGUGAUAAGUCACUUCGCUGAGCUAUCAUUUGUGAUGCCUUCUGAAAAAUUAUAUAAAUAGCUCAGUGGGCCUUACCUGAUAAAAUAAAAAACAGUUGUAUCGUUUUUUUUACAGCUCAUAAGGCACAGAAAUGAAACACGCGGUGACUCGCGGAGCACUACGUUUGGAGGGAACUUCAUAAAUCACAAAGAACCGCGUGCCAUCGUUGCACAGAGCGCCACUGCGUCACCUGCCGUGUGUAGAUCGUGAGCGCGGCACGUGUGUCUCGGUUCACUCUCGCACACCCAGAUGGUCAGUCAUUUUUUCUCCAAAUAUAAACGAUGCAGGCCCAUCACGUGGCUCCACUCGUUACGUAACACGAUGCCUUUCUGAACGAGUAACCAAGCUCGGGCUUAAACGUGCGACGAGUGUGCCGCAUUUCAACGUUUUAAUUUUUUUAUCCAUAUCGUGAUAUUUGUUUUAAAUGUCAAGGGUAUAAUUAAUGGCAUUGCAUAAUCCUGUAACGAGUAAAUGCUUAUUUUGACGUGGCAGAGUCCCAUUGAGUGCAGGUGACAAAAGCUUCGUCGCGCGCAGAAUUACGUUAUCGAUGAACGAGAUCGCACGUGCCCACUGCCCGCGUCAGUCAGAGAUCUCUGUCGAUGCCAUCACGAGUGUAGGCGCAUUAUUUUCCCUUGGCGCGUCUCAGCGAUAAGCUAUGCGAACUAAAAAAAAUUGAUCCCAAGGCUUCCAUGACAUUAUACAAUGACGGUUACAAUUAUAACAACAAUAAUCUUGAUUUGAAGCUUUCGUAACUACAGGAAUCCAUACUCUUUGGUUCGUUCGGUAAAGUCAUCGGGGCGGCUAGAGUCCUCUCGUUCUCUGGCUUGAGAUGGCUGCCACCUAUGGGUCAGAUGAUUGUCUACCACCAUUAAGCAAUUGGUAAUUAAAUAUGUAAUUAUUUUCCCCUAAACAGUGUAAAAUUUUGGAAAAAAAUUUUCACGAAAAUUAAUUGUCACGCACAACGAGUCUGUGUGCAAAAUGUCAGCUCGAUUGGAUGACGGGAAGUGGGUUAAAAAACGACCGAAAGAUUUGCACGGUCGUAAGCAAGCAAGCACGCAAGUGAACUUAAUAUAAAGGAUUUAAAAAUGAUAUAUCACGACGUUUCGAUCGCCCAAAAAAAUCUAGCAGUACCACUGCUGGAUUAAAAAAUGUUCUACCUGAGGACGGCCGCUUGUGUUGCGAUCGAAACGUCGUGAUUUAUUAUUCUUUGUUUUAUUUUCAUAGCUACGUGACUUUACCGAAUGAGCCAAAGAGUAUGAAAACAACACUUUAUCAUUUACAGCCCCUUGUCCAUCCACUGCCGGAUGAAGACAUCCUCCCCAUGCUGUGCUGGUCACGUGGGUUUGUUGGACCAUACUUCACCAUGCUGGUCAGUGCAGGUUUGUGAAGAUAGCGCCCGGGACCCGUUCGGCUAUCACGUGUCACAAAUGUUGACCGCGGUUUGGAAAUUAAGCCAGGUAGCCGGGUUCCUCGUGCAGUGCGCUAACCACUGCACCACCACUCCCCAGAGAGUCGAUUCUAUGGUCAAAACAGACGAGGCCAUCUGAAACUAUAUUUUAUUCCGCUGAAUCACUGCUAAAAAUCCAAGUCGCCUUCCUGGCUUCUGCUGCUAAGUGUGUGUGUCGGUGCAGACUUUAGCCUAAAGGCAGAGAAGAGUAUUUUACAAAAGUUCCUAUAUAAGUUUAGCCACCAAUGUAGUGCAUAUAUAGCCGUAUUGGUCUUAUACAUGGGGUGUUUGUAAAGUCAGAUCUCAAAAGUAAUUCCUGUAAAUGCUUAAAAGAAGAAGUUAUCGAUCUUUGUCAAUCCACUGCUGGGUGAAAACAUCCCCCACGCCAUGUUGGUCACGAUGGUCAUGUUUGACCAUACUUCACCACGCUGGUCAGUUCAGAUUGGCGACAAGGGGGGGCAAAGACCGGUUUAGAUAUUACCCACCACUGAUGUUAGCCGUGACCGGGGAUUGAACUAAGAUCACUGGGUUCAUUGUAGCACAGCGAUCUAAACCGCUGUGCUACACUGCUCCUCGCAAAUACUGGGGAAUAGGGCAUCAUUCCAACUAAGCCAGUGGCAAUAAUCAUUGGUCAACGCGGCCAACCCACAAUACAUACACACAAUUACUCAAUUGCACGGUAUUUGUCUGGCAUGUACAACCCUCUUGUCGAUCCACGGCUGCACGAGGGACCUUCCGAGGCAGGGCCGGCACGUGGGGAUCACUUCACCACGCAGGUUGGUCGACGGUGGGCAGCGUAGAUGUAGGAGCACGGGAAGUAAAAUGCAACAAUGGAUUGUUUUCUGCAUUGUCCUCAGCUGCUCACAAAGUAGUCCCCGCCCGCCCGCCCCUGCCGCAGAAACCCUGUGGCAACCCGUGCAUGCGUGGUGAUGGUCACCCCAUGCGAACACUACCCAGGCUUAAGCCGCCCUGCUUAGCGAACUUCAGAUAUUUGACACAGAUCGGGGCGCAUUCAGGCUCGUUCGGACACUUAGCAGCACGCAAGAGGGCGAGUCACGUGGCCACGACAAUCUCACAGCGAACACAACGGACACAAUCGAGCGGGCAUUUACACGCACCUCCGAUUAGCGACGUUGGCUAACGUAAGGGUGCGAGAGAGGUUCAGCGGACGUACGUGCACGCGUAGGUACACAACGCAGUGCAUCGUAACGUUGUUGCAGUGCUUAUGGAGUGGGGGGGGGGGGUCAGUAGAUCAAUACCGAUGUCGUAAUGGUCAGUAAGAAGAAACACUUUAUAACAGUAUAAUACGUCUGUAUUUAACGGCAAUGACUUGUUAUGUAUACGUUACCAAUAUUAUAUCGCAUUGGUUUUGAUUUGUUUGAUUUUAUUUCAUAAUGAUGAGAAAAAUAAUAAUGUGUUUUUGUUGUUUCCUUUUCACAAAUGUACAGCACGAAUUAAAAUAUACGCCUCGGUAAAUGUUAGGCGAUUAACAUUGACAUCUUUAUAAAUUAUUUAACCGUAGUACGUUUUUGUUCCUUCAGUUUUUAAGUUAUUAAAUUAAAACUUAGCGCGUCUGCUAAUAGUUUGCUAGCGUUGGUAAAAAAAAUGUAUUAUUAUCUAUAUAAAUGUACACGAGAUAUACAUGUGUCCAGUGCCCCCCGCAUAUCGUCUCUCUCAGUAUAAGCUUAGCCCCCCUUUGUCGAUCGACUGCUGGAUGAAGCCCUCCCUCCCCUUGCUGUGUCAGACAUGGGAGGGUGCGGGGCGGGGGGAGAGGGUUGGUUGACCUGACCAUACUUCACCACGCUGGUCGAUGCAGAUUGGUGUUAAGUGGGCUAGGGGCGGGUGGAUGGGGGGCAUGCCCAGUUUACUCUCCACUGAUGUUAUCCGUGAACCGGGAAUUGAACCCAGGUGGCCGGAGGUUCAUGGCACUCCGCGCUAUAAACAGUGUAAUCUGUGGAUGCGUUGCCAGGGCGUGAGACCGAGUUAUGCUAUGAUGACGGUGGUGUAUUUAAAAAUGUUACAUUUUGUACCGCUUUGGAAUCUCAAACGGUUUACCAAUUCACAGAUCGCAUUAAAGUGGUAACUUUCCCUCC